GAGCCGAUAUUGGGGCAUGUAGAGUAACAAAUCGCACGCCAUGUACGCCUGCAUCAGCUCAUCCCGACGGUCCCGACCUUUGGCAACACAUCUGCCUGAUAUAUGGCAGCCGCGCAUUAUAGAUCCGGCCCGCUCAUACACCUCAGCAGAUUAUACCCAGUAAUAUGGCGUCUUCAUCAAUGAACGACAGCAUCGACCGCCUCGACGACAAAUCGCAGGCCAAGUUCAUCGAUGUUGAGCAGCAGCCCACGGUCGAAAGCAACGAUACUUACAAAGUUGCACCGAGGAGCGUUGGCUCUGGAACUGCACUCGCAAUCGGCGUCUUCGCAACAACCCUGACUACAUUGUCGCUAAGUCUUAUGGAGUGGCGCGGCAUGACUACCGACAAUGUCUUUGUCGCAAACUUCUUCUUCGCUGCGACUUUUGGUCUGCUGAUCACCGCACAGUGGGAGCUCGCCGCUGGAAACGGAUUUGCGUACACCGUCUUCAGUGCUUUCGGCCUGUUCUAUGCUGGUUACGGCGCGAUAUUGACGCCGGCGUUUGGUGUCAUCGCAGCCUAUGGCGACAAAACUACGGAGCUCAAUAACGCACUGGGGUUCUUCAUGAUCAUGUGGACGGUCUUCGCAGUCGUUUUCCUGGUUGCUUCCCUACCAACAAAUCUGGUUUACAUCGCCAUAUUCUUCACUGUUGUCUUCGGAUUCCUGCUUGUAGCUUCAAGCUACUUUGCACUCGCAGAUGGAAACGUUGCGGCAUCCAUCGCCCUCAAGAAGGGUGGAGGCGGCUUCUGCUUCGUCUCUGGGCUGAUCGGCUGGUAUCUCACUUUCCAUCUACUCUUGAAAGACUCUAUUGUGGAACUGCCAAUAGGCGACACAUCUCGGUACUUUGCAAAGACGAAGCGGGCAUAGAUGGGUCAGGUUAUGAGCGUCCAGGUUGAUGUGCCGAGCGCAGAUCGCGGUUUCGUUCGAUCUCAAUUCUAGCCUAGGAAACGUAGUCCGCGCGG